UACGCGUGCGCAGCGCAGCUUAACCCCUACAGGAACUAGAAAAUGGCGGCGUCUGUGGUCAGCCGGGUUGCUAGCGCCGGGGCUCAAGUGCUCCUACGCACUCGCCGUUCGCCGGCCCUACUGAGGGCUCCUGCCUUGCGGAGUACCGCAACCUUCGCCCAGGCCCUCCAGUACGUACCAGAGACUCAGGUUAGCGUUCUGGACAACGGGCUGCGUGUGGCCUCGGAACAGUCAUCCCAUCCUACCUGCACGGUAGGCUUGUGGAUUGAUGUUGGCAGCCGUUACGAAACUGAGAAGAACAACGGGGCUGGCUACUUUGUGGAGCAUCUGGCUUUCAAGGGAACAAAGAAUUGGCCUGGGAAUGCCUUGGAGAAGGAGGUAGAAAGCAUAGGGGCCCAUCUUAAUGCUUAUAGCACCCGGGAGCACACUGCCUACUAUAUCAAGGCAUUGUCCAAGGAUCUGCCAAAAGUUGUGGAACUCCUGGGUGACAUUGUACAGAACUGCAGCCUGGAAGACUCACAGAUUGAGAAGGAACGUGACGUGAUCCUGAGGGAGAUGCAGGAAAACGAUGCAUCUAUGCGGGACGUGGUCUUUGACUACCUGCAUGCCACAGCAUUCCAGGGCACACCACUAGCCCAGGCUGUGGAAGGGCCCAGUGAAAAUGUCAGGAAACUGUCUCGUGCAGACUUGACUGAGUACCUCAGCAGGCAUUACAAGGCACCUCGAAUAGUGCUGGCAGCAGCUGGAGGGGUAGAGCAUCAGCAGCUGUUAAACCUUGCGCAGAAGCACUUGAGCAAUGUCUCUAUGACAUACGCAGAAGAUGCCGUACCUGCUCUUACUCCGUGUCGCUUCACUGGCAGCGAGAUCCGUCACCGUGAUGAUGCUCUACCUUUGGCUCAUGUGGCUAUUGCAGUAGAAGGACCUGGCUGGGCCAACCCAGACAACGUCGCCCUCCAAGUGGCCAAUGCCAUCAUUGGCCACUAUGACUGCACUUAUGGUGGUGGUGUGGUGAGUGCCAAGAAUGAGUGUGGGACCUUGCCUUGGGGAAGAGUUUGCUGGGGUUGUGUGCUCCUAUGCUGUGGGAUGAGGGUGUGGGCCACAGACAAGAAGGUGGGUGCUAACCACCUUUGCCUCUGGCAGCAUAUGUCCAGCCCACUGGCUUCAGUUGCUGCUGCCAAGAAGCUGUGCCAGAGUUUCCAGACCUUCAACAUCUGCUACGCGGAGACUGGGUUGCUGGGUGCACACUUUGUCUGUGACCGAAUGAGUAUUGAUGACAUGAUGUUCUUCCUGCAAGGCCAGUGGAUGCGCCUGUGCACCAGUGCCACGGAGAGUGAGGUGGUGCGGGGCAAAAACAUCCUCAGAAAUGCCCUGAUAUCUCAUCUGGAUGGCACUACUCCUGUGUGUGAGGACAUUGGACGGAGCCUCCUGACCUAUGGACGCCGUAUCCCCCUGGCCGAGUGGGAAAGCCGGAUUGCAGAGGUGGAUGCCAGUGUGGUGCGUGAGGUCUGUUCCAAAUACUUCUAUGACCAGUGUCCAGCAGUGGCUGGAUUUGGCCCCAUUGAGCAGCUCCCAGACUACAACCGGAUCCGUAGUGGCAUGUUCUGGCUGCGCUUCUAGGCAGGAUGCCUGUGCAGGCAGGAAGGCGUGGCUGGGGCUCAUGGUUCCCGCACCACAAACAUACCACUCUGGCUCCUCAAACUUGUGCUACAGGUUAACACCAAUAAAGUCCUCUGUUGAGAA